CUUUAAUUAAGUUCCUGCAGGCUGUAGGCUGUGUAGCGUUGUAUGUCCCCCUGUACGUAACUCAGGUGCCUUGGGAACUUGCGGGCAAUUGGUUUGGAGGACCUGCAUUGGAGGGCAGCUACGGCAGCAAAUCGGUUUUAUAGAGCUAACCGGAGGAUAAGACAUUUUUUGAAAGGCAUCCUGCGGCCAUCUUUUUCGGACGCAGCCAAUAGUUAGCAGAGACCGCAGCUCAUAAGCAAUCUGUUUUGAGAUGAACAUCCAUAGCGUCUCCUUGAAUCAGUGUGGCAGAUUAGCCCUCAUGCUAUCACGAAAGGACUGAGAGAUAAGCUGUCCAGAGGGGCUGGCCUUUAAUUUCUAUGCCAUUGACAGCUAUUGAAUCAACAAUCGAAGGGCAUGGUAACAUAGCUGAGUCGCAAAGCUAGCAGGUGCAGCGUGAACCUAUGUCAUGGCUGCGGAGUCCUUGUUGAGGAGCCAGCAUCGCAUCUGCUUGCACUGGCCAUGGAGCAGCACAGACGGAUUGCAACGUGCAAACCCUAUUCUUCUACCCCUCCCUUCCAAAGGGCUUACAAAUCGGAAGCAUCUUGCAAAGUUGAAGGAAGGUGUGCCAUGCAAUUGGGGAACAAGAGGAAGGGCAGACUCUGCUGUAGGGUGGCGCCGUAGCAGGCGUCUGAUGUCACAUUCGUCUUUCAGGCCUCUGCGUCUGGGCUAUGAAACGCUUGCAUUGGACGGGACAAUCGGUCAGCGAGCAAAGGGUAACAGGUUCGGAGGGCCCUUGCGUGCCACGGCUCUCAACACCUUAGAAACAGAGAGCCAGACAUGGCUGACUGCCGAAGAAGAGGAACUGCAGCCUGCAAUGAGCAUGGCGCCAGGCGAGGCGAUCCAGUUUAACGGGCAUUUGGAUGAAGAAUCAACGUCAGAGGAGAACGACAACUCUGAUUCAAAACCAGUGCGCGCGCGGUUCAAGGAACGGAGUGUGCGGUACGUUGAGAACGUUCCCGAGUCCGCGCUGCAGCGGGUGCGGCUAAAGGCGGAGAUCCAUGGGGAGGUAAUCGACGAGGGGGAAGUGUUGAGACGGGCCAGGAUUGCGCUCGCAAACGAGGGGAAGCGCGCAUGGAACAAGGGUAAACAUCACUCGGAAGAAACGAAACAACGCAUUAGGGAGCGGACGAUGGCCGCGAUGAAGGAUCCCAAGACGCUGCAGCGACUCGAGCGGAAGCAUGCGGAAGGCUGGGUGUCUCGCAGGCACAUCCGGCAGCCCCGCACUCCAGGGCUCUUCAAGGAGCAAAUAGAGCGGCGAAAAACACAACGGCUGGUGUCACAUUACGUGCUGGCGAUGUGGCGGGACGCAAACGCGGUCGCGGCGAGGGAAUCCAAAAACUGGUGGAAAGCGUAUCGGGUCCGAGCGAGAAAGCCGCGCGCGAAAAUGGUAACGGAAAGACGGCCCCGGAGUGCGGAGCACCGGCAAAGGAUCUCGGAUGCGAUACGGGCGCGCUGGCAGGAAAAGAAGUUGAAGCGGACGGAGACACUGGGCAAUAUGAAGGCCCUGGAGGCGCGAAGGCGGGAGUUGGCCGAGGAAGCCAGGGCCCUCUUUAGGGAGGCCGAGGCCGCGGCGGCCGCCCUCCACGCGAUGCCCAAAAGCCCCGCCGUCCUCGCCGCGCUCGCGGAGACCCAGCGGGUGCUCCAGGAGGCCGCGAAAAAGGUCGAGCAGGCGACGGUCUCUAGGGUACAAACCCGGAUUGCGUUUGAUGCACUUGGAAAACCAACGGUAGUUGCCCGGGAGGAAGAACCGGUCGUCAGCGAACCGUCGGUUGGCUCGACCGGCUUAGGCGCCGACCCGGACGUGGUUGAGAAGAGCGAAACGGAGGGAGUGAGCCACGUGGCGCUGAAUGAAGGUGCCCACGUGGCAGCGGGGACGGAUGGACAGCUGGCUAAGCCUCAGGUGAACGGGCACAAAGUGCCAAUUGCGGAGGCGAUGUCGGAAAAGUACGAGCCGGUGCGCUUGGAUUUGCGGGUCAGGGACGCAGCCCGGCCGAACGUAACCAGGGCGGAACCGGAGCGGAACUUGAGUGCAGCGGAACCGGAGCGGAACCCGAGCGGGGCGUUGCGGGAAAAGGGCCCGCCCCCGGGGCCGUUCUUUCGGAAGGACUUGCCGGACUCAAAUAGUGGGCCGCAGAAGGCGGAUUGAGGUUAGGUCAGGGACGUUGACCCGUAACCAGAACGAGACUCGAAGCGGCGGAAAGCGAGGGGAUUGUACUUGGACGCUCUCUUGACAUGGAAAGAUACAAGAGAAGAGCUCAUCAGGCCGUAAACUCUGAACUGCGUACUUUGUUGCGUUUGUUGUGUUCAAGCUUCCGCUCAGCUCGGUAGUGUUUGCUGAGCAACGGUACUUGCAUUGUUUCUGCCGCGGCCGUGGCCGCUCCCUCUAGUCAUUCGUAUUGC